AUGCUGUGCAGCAUCACGGAGCUCGGCAGCCUUUUUUUUUUUUUUUUUUUCAAAGAGACAGUAUGCGCUGGAGGCGAUGAUCUUGUUCACCCACAGCUUGUCUUUUUAGCUACGUCGUUGCACCUCUUGGUAAGCUGGUACCAAGCACAAAUACGAACCCGUCCAGACAGAUUCGAGUAUUUGUCGCAGACAUUGGGUGCUGCUGCGUACUAGUACGGAACGUGACUAUCUUGUAGAUGGGGUUUCGUAGGCAUCUAUGAUUCGAGCUUUGCCGCGUUAAUAGGCGCUUUUGUAUUUCGACAUUCAAAUCUUGAU